UCCAAAUAAUUAAUUUUAUCCGUUAGAAAAAAAAAUUUAUCCAAAAAAAAUACAAUGUAAAAAUUGUAUCAAUAAUAGUAUGUACGAAAAUAUUUUCUGAUAUAAAGCAGAACAAGAAAAGAAUUCGAGAUAUGUUCUUAUCAAGUUUUCCAACUGAUUUGAGAAAUGUUGCCACAGAAAUGUCACAUAUACAACGAAUUCUUGAAAUAUUCGUAUACGUGAAAAUAUGAUCGAAGGAACAAAAGAGAACGAAUUCACAUGACAAAAGAGUUCGUCAUGUGCGAUUCAAAUACCUGAUAUAACCACCCAUAUACAUUUUCUUACCGGAAAGAUGUAUCAAAACCGUAACCUUGUUCGCGAGAAGCUCGGAUAAAUCGCAAAACAACAAAAAAAAAUAAUAUGGCGAUAAUUUCUCUUUUAUCUAGACUAAAAGUUCUAACAUCCUGCAAUAGAAUAAUCCAAUCUGCAUUAAUCAAACCGAAUACUGAAAUGUUAUUUUUGACAAAAACAAGAAGUUUCAUGAACGAGAAAAGAGACAAUUGGAGCACAGAAUAUCGUUUUCAAGAUAUCAAAAAUUGUCUCGAUAAUAUUUUAAGAUAUGAAUCGAAAGAAAAAUUGCCUAUGAUGAAUGGAGAAAGAAACAGGUACGUGAAUAAUCAUGAGUAUUGUGGUGAUAUGAAGAUGUAUGCCGAAAGAAGAGCUUUCUUGUUCAACAGUGGAUCGUCGAUCUUUUUGCAGUUCCCUUUGGCGCCAAUUUACCAUUCUUGGAAGUUUUCCAACAAAUUUUGUCCUUCAGCAAAAUACCAUAGUUCAUGUAUUCAAAAAUCGAUGUUAAAAUUUUAUUCUUCUAUGAAAAAUCCAUCCUAUGAAAAGUCAUUAUGUAAAGAUUUAUGGAAGACUGAAGAUUUAUGUAAAGCAAAAUUUUAUUCUAAGAAUAUUCGUAAUUAUUCUUCUUCCAAAGAAUCUUCUUGUAAUAAGUCAAAAUUAAAAGAAUGUGAUAAGAUAAAACUUGAAACACUUGCGAAACAAGAAAUUCCUAAAUGCUGUACUAAAGAUCCUUAUGCCUGUAAAAAGCCUGAACAUAUACAAGAAUGUGUCAAACCUAUAACAAAAUGUCUACCAUCCGUUGGUGAUACUCCAUUCAUAUGUACAUCAACUCCUUGUCCAAGUAUAGAAGAUUAUUGUCCUCCUGAAGUGUAUACUCAUGAAGAAAAGAUUUGGCAAAUAUUAACUUGCAUUGGAUUGCUUUCGGUAGUAAUUAUGUCGUGUUACGUUUACAACAAGAGUAAGGAUUGGGAUAAGGAACCAAGACCUGAAUUCCGUGAUGUUCCUUAUUUGCGGCGAAUAGUUAAGCCUUUCCCAUGGGGUGAUGGUAAGCACACUUUGUUUCAUAAUCCUGCUAGAAAUCCAAUAUCUCCACACGGUUACGAAACAGAAGAUCCAAGUAUAAAAAAAAAAAUAAAGAAUCAGAAAAGUAAUACAUAAGACAAGAAAAAUAAAAUUAUUUUUAUCUUUUAUGAAAAUUCGCCAUGGAUAAUUAAUUUAGUAAUUAAUUUAGUAAUAUUAAAUUUAAUUUAGAAUAUGCACAUAUUAUACAUUUAUAUUAAGAAUAUUCAAAUUCUGCGAUUGUAAUGAAUAAAAAAAAUCUUGAAAA